UGUAUGUGUGCUUGUGUGUGUGUGUGUCUUUGUAUGUCUUUGUAUGUGUGCUUGUAUGUGUGUGUGUGUAGGUUCAAGUGUUUGCGUGGACUCAUUUCAUUGUCAACUGCGCAUGAACCAUCAUGGAACAUACAGACGGUGCUGCAGUUGAAGCGUGUGGAACGGGCAGGAUGGGUGCGACGCAAGGUGCCGCGGCCAGAAAGCGUGGCUGACCACUCCUUUAUGAUGGCAGCCAUUGCAUUCGCUGUCCCAGACACAUCGCAACUCGACCGAACCACAUGCAUCCAAAUGGCAGUUGUUCACGACAUUGCGGAGUGUAUUGUUGGCGACAUCACACCUCACGACGGCAUCUCAAAGGCAGACAAAUCCCAACGCGAGCAGCGGCACUUGCCAUUGCCCACACGCGUGACCCGUUGCGCUGCCCCUCCUCGCCGCCUGUUGUUGUUGUUGUUGUUGUUGUUGUUGUUGUUGUUGUUGUUGUUGUUGUUGUUGUUUAAGUUGUUGUUGUUGUUGUUGUUUUAG